AUGAAGAUGAAUAUCAACAAAGCCUGCGAUCUGAAAUCAAUAUCGGUGUUUCCUCCUAAUCUUAGAAGGAGAUCGAGUGUUGGACCGCCUGAAGCACAAGCAUCGCAGCAGCAGCUUCGAUCACAGCAGUCGCAGCAGUCCUUCUCGCAGGGACCUUCCUCUCAGCGUGGUUGUUUUUCUCAGAUGACUCAGAGCUCAGUCGAUGAACUCCUGAUUAACGAUCAGAGAUUUAGCUCUCAGGAACGAGAUCUCUCUUUGCUGAAGAAUAAUUUCUUGCCCCCAAUCAAUCAUAAACGAGAUGAUAGUCAGAUUCUCGCAUCUAGACCUUCCAGCGGUCUUACGAGAAGAUGGAGUUCUUCUGCUUCAAUUGCAGAAUCUAAAUCCCAGAUUGGAGAAGAACUUGAGCAACGGUUUGGGAUGAUGGAAACUUCGUUGAGCAAGUUUGGAAUGAUGUUGGAUUCCAUUCAGAGUGAUAUCAUGCAAGCCAACAGAGGAACUAAAGAAGUAUUUAUUGAAAAUGAACGCAUACAACAAAAGUUGAGUCUCCAAGACACCUCACUUCAGCAGCUGAUAAAGGAACAAGCAGAUGUUAAAGCUAGUCUUGAUGGAGCUGUUAAAUCUAUCUUGGAGGAAGUAAGCAAAGAUCCUAAUCAAGAGAAGCUACAGAAAAUAUUCCUGAUGCUAAUAGCUAUCCCAGAGAAAGUAGAAACCGCUCUGCAGAAGAUACAAAGGGAAAUCUGCCACACGUUCACCAGAGAGUCUCAGGUUUUGGCUAGCUUGAAGAUGCCUGAACCAAUAGUUGAGGCUCCAGCAGCACCGCAAGUGAAGGCUAAGGAAAACCCGGUUGAGCAGAAGGGUCCAGCAGCCAAGGUUUUGACUAGCUUGAAAGUGUCUCAGCCAAUAGCUCAGGUCCCAACAGCACCACAAAAGAAGGAUAAGGAAAACUUGUCUGAGCAGGGCGGUCCAGCAGCCGCAGCCAAGAGGAAUGCGUUUUCUAAUGCUACACUGAAUAAGAAACAACCGCAGCUUCCUAGAAAUCCAAAUAACGCAUCAGACAGAAGUGUGAAAACAUCCUUAUCCCCAAAGAUACAAGUGGGAGGUUGGAAGACGGUGAAGCCAGGACAAAGAAAAUUCAAGAAGAGCGCAGCAGCAACAAAUCAAGUAAAACCUGAAGGCAAUCGUACGCAGUUUGAACAAUGCACUGUCGUCAUAGACUCAGAUGAAGAUAUAGAGGGAGGCUUUUCAUGCUUGCUCGACGGGAACAACAAAGGAGCUAACUUCGAAUGGGACGCAGAGAAGGAAACUGAAAGGCUUCUGAGGACAGCGAGGAGGACAAAGAGGAAGUUUGGUAACCCCAUAAUCAUUAACUGA